GUCAUCUGUCUGCGAGUAACUGUCUUUUCUUACAUUCCUCUCUUGCCAUUGCUUCUGAAAAAUAACAAACAAUUCUCAGGAUCUGCGCUUCACUAGAUCUGUGAGAUCAUUUGAGGGAUUUGACUGACUCAAGAUGCUGCAGAUGAUUGAAGCUCUUCUUCUCAUUUCAGCUGCCAUAGGACAGGUACACAGUGCUACUACCGCAGAACCGAUACUUCCAUUGGAUAUGGCACUGAGUUCUGUUGAUGAUCAAUAUGACGGCUGUACAGACAAAAUGGCAAAACUGGUGACGACAAAACUUCUGGAGACAGAACUCAGCAGCUCUACAGAAUUUAAUACGGCUUGGCAAAAAAGCAAAGGCAAGGAACCAAAGGAGGCACUUACAAAGAAUCAUAUGAUUGCCAUUUAUGUGUACACUGAUUCAAUCUAUAAAAGUCUGAAUGAGGCUGACCGUCAUGAUAGAGAAAAAUAUAUAGACAAGACAUACAAAUGGUAUUCACUUCACUUCUUGUUAACAGAAGCGAUACAGAUUCUGAAAAAAACACAGAAGUCAUGCUAUUCAACUUACCGUAGUGUACAUCGUGAAUUUGAUAAGAAUGUUCUGAACAAAGAGGUUCGUUUUGGCUCAUUUACAUCCUCGUCUCUUAAUAAGAAGGUAGCUGAAAUGUAUUCAGAUAAGUCUUGCUUUGAAGUCAACACUUGUUACGGUGCUGAUAUUACAAAUUAUUCUAGGAUUCCUGAUGAGGAAGAGGUGCUGAUUCCUCCAUAUGAAAAGUUUAAAGUCACUGCAGUCAAGACAAAAAGUGUUCAGAAAAUGCUCUGGUGUGACACAGUGUUUGUGUUGAAAAGCACUGGAAUAAUAAGCAAUCUGAACUGUGCUCUGUUCAAGGAACCAACCAACAGUGUAAAUGUUGUGGCUGGUUAAGCUUCUAAAAUGUUCCUUCAUUGAUGCAGUGUAAAAAAAAAACUUCAUACUGCAAUGAAGAUUUCAGUUUAUCUCUAGAAUUGAAUGUUUUUUCUUUUCUCUUUGUAUUUUUAAAAACACAUAACAUGACUCGUACACUGUAAAUUAAUGAUAAAAUACUG